AUGACAAAGUACAAACUGAAAAACAAUAGUUGGUUCAAAAGGUUAUACUCACUAAAGCACAAGUGGUCAACAACUCUAAGUAAAGACUUUUUCUCCGCAGGAAUCUUGUCAUCACAGAGAAGUGAGAGCACAAAUCAUUCAGUGGGAUUCAAAGCAAACAAGAAAACAAGUUUGACAGAAUUCUACAACAUAUUUCAGAAGACAGUGAAGACUUGGAGAAGGAAUGAGGAUUUUUAUGAGUUCAAUAGCAUAAAAUCAAUUCCUACUUCAAGCUAUCCAAUGUCUGCCUUACUAAAACAUGCUGCUGAGGUUUAUACACAUACAUUAUUCAGGGACUUUGAAGAAGAAUUCAACCUAGCCAUUGGAUCUCAAACUAAACUGCUAUUCAUUAAUGGAGAUAAAAUGGUUUACCAAGUGUACCUUGAAGGCAGAGAUGGCACAAUUCAAGCAGUAACUUAUGAUCCAGUUAACCAAACAAUUCAAUGUCCAUGCAAGAAUUUUGAAGAGUCAGGUUGGUUAUGCUUCCAUAGCCUUAGAAUCUUACACAUGCAUUCUGUUGAAAAAAUCCCAGAGCAAUACAUAUCUGUCAGGUGGACUAAAGUGGCUAAGGAUAAAGUUUGGCAGAGUAUUGAGGCAGAGCAAAGGAAGAAGGGGAUAUUAAACAACUUCACACCCUGGCGACUACACAUGGUGAGGAAGUAUUAUAGUUUAAUCCUUAAGAGCCACAAGUUUGAAAAAGCAAGGAAAGUCUUAGAAGAAAGCUAUGCAAAAGAUUCAAGUGCAAUUGAUGAGAUUAUUUCUGCUAUGAAGUCAACUGACAACCAUUCUGAGAACACUACAAGUGUAGAAGAGAAUUCAGAAGCAACUUUAUCUAAUGUGGUUCAAGUACUAGACCCAGCUCGUGCAAAAACUAAAGGAGGCCAAUCAAAUAAAAGGAUUCCAGGAAUCUAUGACUACAUGAAAAAGGGGAAGAGGAGGAAACAUAUAGAAUUUGGUGCCAAAACACCAAAUAUUAAUAAUAAGUAUAUGCUAUGA